AUGCGUCUCUUCCUGAUCGGCCUGCUGGCCCUGGGCUCUGCAAGAGCCUUCUCCGUCGUCCGGACGCUUCCGCUGCCGCAGCCACAUCCCCAGCUGGUGGCCUAUGCGCCGGCCCGGGGCGAGUUCCCCGUGGUGAGUGGUCUGGCCCAGGGCUAUGUCCGCUACUACGACGGCACAGGAGCGGAGCGUUUGCUGGCCUACAACUACCCGGAGCCUCUGAAUGGCAUCCGCGAUCUGGCCACAUCGUCAGCUAAUCUUAUCCGGUCUGGUCAGGAGCAGGAGAGCCAGCAGGUUGCGCUCUUCCGUGCUUGGUGCGAGCAGCGCUACCAGGCCAUGCGCCAGGAGCUGGAGCGUCUGAAGGCUCAGGGGCUGAAGCCCAGCCCCAGUAUGAUGGCCCAAUUCGAGCCCCUCGAGCAAAUCGUCAAGUUCUCUGCCUUCGAAGCUGUUCCCGGACUGAGUCCCGAGGUCCAGCGAGCCCGGGAUGAGCAGCUUCGCAUUUGGAACGAGGCCAGGCUGGAAGUGCUGCGCGCUGAACAGGCCCAGCAGCAGCUCGGCCAGUACCAGGACCAGUUCCAGACCAAGAAACCGGAUGUGCCUUUAAUCUAUGGUCAGCAACAAUUUGUUCAGGGUCAGGAUAAUCUCCUGCUCAAAACGGCAUCGCUCUCCGGUCCUCAACCCGUGGAAGAGACUCCCGAGGUUAAGCUGGCCCGCGAGGAACAUCUCAAGCAGUUCAACGAGGCCCUCCUCCGCCAGCCUGCCCAGGAAACCCCCAUUGUGAAAACUAUUCCUGGAAUUCAGCAGCCAUUUGUGGCCGAGCCCCAGCCUCAGCCAAUUACCCAAUCCACUACCACGAUUACCCAACCACAAAUAUUCAUCAAGACCUCCGCCAUCGAUGAUCAGCAGGCUCCGCAACCCAUUGAGGAGACCCCGGAGGUGAAGCGGGCUCGCGAGGAGCACCUCAAGCAGUACAAUGAGGCCCUGCUCCGUCAACCGGCGACGGCCGAAGAACCCAUCCUGAAGACGACACCCAUUCAGCCCCAGGCCAUCACCUUGCGGGAUCAGCAGCAGGCUCCUCUGCCCAUCGAGGAGACCCCAGAGGUGAAGCGAGCCCGUGAGGAGCACCUCAAGCAGUUCAACGAGGCCAUCCUGCGCCAACCCAUUGACACACAGCAGCAGCCACUGGUUCCCAUUGCACCCAUUCCCCUCUUCGCUCCCCAGGCUCCUCAGAUUGUGAAGAGCUCCAUUGAGGGUCCGCAGCCCAUCCAGGACACCCCCGAGGUCAAGCUGGCCCGUGAGCAGCACCUGCUCCUCCUGAACCAGGCCAAAAUAAAAGCCGAAGACAAGGUGGCCGACAUUGCGGACCUUAUUCGCCUGGAGGAGCGUGAGCGGGAGAGCGAGCGUCUGCAGGAGCUGGAGCUGCGCAAGCAGGAGGAGAAGGAGGCCGAGCUGGAGCGCCAGAGGGAGGCAGAUCGCAUGCGCGAAGAGAUCCGUCUGCUGGAGGCCGAGCGUGUGAAGAUCGAGCUUGAGGAUCGCCAGCGCCUGGAGAGCGAGCGCCAGGCUGAGCAGCAGGAGCUCAGUCAGCUGAAGAUCACCACCAGCUCCGAGAAGGGAACACCCGAGUACCUGCACAAGGCGGAGCAGUUCAAGAUCAUCAACCACCAGGCUCAGGCACAGCCUCAGACUCAGCCCCAGGCCCAGCCCAACAUUGUGACCCAGCAGCAGUCGGUGCAGAAUGGCUUCUUCCUGCGCAUCCAGACCAAUCAGCCCAAUGCCAUCCAGCCAUCCCCGACAGUUCCCAUCAGCAGCAGUCCCAAUCCCUUCCUGGUCAAGUACACUCCCCAGCCGCAGCCACUGCAGCCACUACAGCCCCUGCCCAUCCCUAUCCUCUCCAAGCUGAAGCAGGAAGCCAGCUACAGCGCCAGCUUGGACAAGGCCACCAGGGAGCACUUCCGCGCCCAUGAGAUUGCCCUGGAGCAGCUGCGCCUGGCCAACCUGAAGAACCCCUGGACAGGCCCCGACUGCCAGCACUAA